AUGACUUCAACUCAUAAUCCAAAUAAUCAUUUAUCAAGAAGAGCUUCAAUCUCCACUGCUCCAUAUCAAAUACCUCAACGUCAUAACUCAAUAAGUCAUUCUCCAUUAUCUCCUCCAAAUCAUUCAAAUAUUCAUAUUCCACAACAUCAUAAUCGUCAAUUAAAUCAUGGACAAAGUACUGGAAAUAAUCAAUAUUUAUCAAAUUCUGUACCAACUUUAAGUAGAGAAUUUGUUGUUAGAAGAAUAAGUGAAGGUGAAUCCGGUAGAUUAAAAGAAGAAUUAAAAUGUGAAGCUUGUGGGAAAGGUUAUAAACAUAUUUCAUCAUUAGCAAAACAUCUUUGGGAACAUACUCCAGAAUGGAAUGUUACCAAGAAAUUAUUAAUUUCUAAACAUCAACAAGUUCAAUUAUUAGAAGCUGCAAGUAUAUUAGUUUCAAUGAAUGAAUUAGAUGAAAUGAAUGAAAUGGAUCCAAUUCAAGAAGAAAAAGAAAGCUCUAUUAAAUUCAAUCCAAAAUAUACAGAAAAUGAUGAAGGUGAAGAUGAUGAUGAUGAAGAUGAUUCAAGAUUUGAAAAUUCUCCUUCCCCAUAUUUGAAAAAUCAUAGAUAUAAUUCAAUAUCACAAUUCCCACCAAGUGAAUCUAAUGGGAAUUUAAAUUCUCCAAUUAAUAAAAAAAUAAAUGGUGGAUUUUUGGAUGUUCCAAAAUCAACAACAAUUAGAGAGACAAAGAAAAGUAUUAGUGAACCUUUAGAAAAAGUUGAUGAAAAGGAAAAAGAUGGGGAGAAAGAAGAUGAGAAAGAUGUUGAUGAUGGAGUUUUUGGAAUGGAUUGA